CGGUUCAGAAUCUGAGAUACACAGAGCAUCCAAAGAAGAGUCUCUCUCGCUUACUCUCAGUCAAACCCGUAAGAAACUCCUCUGAAAUUUCGAAGGCUCUUUCUCUUAUUUUACUAGAAAAUCUCUGUUUGCGCGUUUGGAUCGAAGAAAUUGCAAAAUGUGAGGGAUUUACAGCUUCACACUUCGCAGCACAGGUUAUAAGGCUUGCACUUGUUGACAUGGAUUGUGUUUUCUAAGAAACUGCAUAUAUCUCGCCUCUAUAUCUCUUCAGUAUUUAUGGCUUCCGCUGGCAUAGCUCCUCCCAGUGUGGCUCCUUCUUCAGCCGUCGGAAAACCUGCCGGCGAGGCAAUGAUUGUUGAUAAGCUCCCAGAGGAAAUCAAUGAAAUGAAGAUCAGGGAUGAAAAGGUUGAAAAGGAAAUGGAAGCAACAGUGGUCGAUGGAAAUGGAACUGAAACUGGACACAUUAUUGUAACUACGAUUGGCGGUCGAAAUGGUCAACCCAAACAGACCAUAAGUUACAUGGCAGAGCGCGUUGUGGGCCAGGGUUCAUUUGGUAUUGUGUUUCAGGCUAAGUGUCUAGAAACUGGAGAAACUGUUGCAAUCAAGAAGGUAUUGCAGGAUAAGAGAUAUAAGAACCGUGAGUUGCAAACGAUGCGCCUUCUUGAUCAUCCUAAUGUUGUGUCUCUCAAACACUGCUUCUUCUCAACCACGGACAAAGAUGAGCUCUAUCUCAAUUUGGUGCUUGAAUAUGUACCUGAGACUGUAUACCGUGUAGCCAAGCACUACAGCAAGGCAAAUCAGCGGAUGCCCAUGAUAUAUGUCAAACUCUACACAUAUCAGAUAUGUAGAGCUUUGGCAUAUAUUCAUGGAGGCAUAGGUGUGUGCCACAGGGACAUUAAGCCACAGAAUCUACUGGUUAAUCCUCAUACUCACCAGGUCAAGCUAUGCGACUUUGGAAGUGCAAAAGUUCUGGUAAAAGGCGAGCCAAAUAUAUCAUAUAUUUGUUCUCGUUAUUAUCGAGCACCUGAACUCAUAUUUGGAGCAACUGAAUACACUACUGCAAUUGACAUCUGGUCUGUGGGUUGUGUUCUCGCUGAGCUGCUGCUUGGACAGCCUCUCUUUCCAGGUGAAAGUGGAGUUGAUCAGCUUGUUGAAAUUAUUAAGGUGCUUGGUACCCCUACUCGUGAGGAAAUCAAAUGUAUGAAUCCAAACUAUACAGAGUUUAAAUUCCCACAAAUCAAGGCCCACCCUUGGCAUAAGAUAUUCCACAAGCGCAUGCCCCCAGAAGCAGUAGAUCUUGUUUCAAGACUUCUUCAGUACUCUCCUAAUCUACGGUGCACUGCUUUAGAGGCCUGCAUCCACCCAUUUUUCAAUGAGCUUCGUGAUCCUAGCACCCGUCUCCCUAAUGGACGCCCCUUGCCACCUCUCUUCAACUUCAAACCUCAAGAGCUGAAAGGAGCAACUUCUGAGCUCCUGUCCAAACUGAUACCAGAGCACGCCCGAAAGCAAUGCCCCUUCCUUGCUUUGUAGAUUGCAACAUCAGUGCUGAAUGAAUGGAACAAACCAUUGUAAUAUGGUUUCUGCAGAAGUUAGUGCCGACCUGUUUGUUGUUCUAUCUAGUUUCGACUUUAAAGUAUUUGAUUGACAAAUGAUGUUGGUAUUUACCCUUUGGUUUUUUGGGCUGUGGACGCAUAUUAUUAUUCUGUUAAGACUUGCGAGUGAUUCUAAGUGGGUCGUGUCUGUAAUCAUAAAGUAGCUGCUUAAUGUAUAGUUUUGCCUUCA